AUAUAACCCGUUAUGUGUUCUGAUCCGGCCUCAUUACUCAGAGGUUUGCUGUACUUAGCACACUUUAUAUGUUUCUGAGGUGAUGACUACCCUUGAAGAGAUGCGAGCUGAGAUUAAUCGCUACACCCCUGGUAAUACCCGGCCGGAGGCAGAACAUGGAUAUCAGCGAGUUGCCCUCCAGCUGUUCGGUUUGAUGGGACAUGGAAAAUCCUCGCUCAUCAACUCCUGUUUGUGUGUGUUGGCCGAUGCGGAAUAUCGGAACGAGGCAGGCGCUGGGCAAUCCGAUGGCACCAUGACUACAUCGAGGACGGAACAUAAGCUGACAAAUGAAUUGGUCAUGAUCGAUAACAGAGGAUUCGCAAAGCUGGAUUCAGAUGAGAUCCUGGAGGCACGUGCCCAGCUCAGGUCCUUACGGGACAUUGGGAAAGUGAGCUGGGAAGAUAACCUGACUAAGACCCUGGAGCAGAUCCCGAAGAAGUACUCGCAGCGCCCUGCUGAUGUCAUUGUACCCAUCUACGUGUACAGUGCCACACAAGCCUGGAGCCAAUCUGAUGGAACAGAUAUACAAAAACUGACCAAAAGUGCCUUAACAAUAACAGGUAUUCACCCCAUUGUGGUGAUCACUAGAUGUUCUGAGGAUAAGAGAAAUGAAGUCUGGAAGAGGUUUGGAGAACUUGGUGUGAUGGAAAGACACUGCCUGGAGAACUAUACCGAAAACGACCACCAACGCUCAGAAGAAAAAGACAGAAAUAUUUUGGCGUUUCUCAAAAUCUGCAUUCGGGAGGCUGAGUGGGAACUUAGCAAGCGGCUGAACCAGGAUCGUCAGGCAAUGUUCGUUGAACAGGCUGUAGAUCAGGUUAAACAAGAGACAGAGGAAUACAAGAAUCUGAAAACACAGGACAAUAAAAACAAAUGCAACCCUUUCUGAGAGAGUAGCUUCCUUAUCUCAUUCACAGUUGUGAAUACUGAACAAAAAUAAUUAUUUCGAUAAUCUGCUAUUGCCUUGUCUCCCUCAACAAGACUCCCACUCUGGGUUACAUGUAAUACGGUCUGAGUUGCCAGAGGUGUGGGACUUCGGGCGAGAAAGCCAGUAUUUGAAGAAAUUAUGUUGUACCUGCUGAGGUUAGAAGAAACACAUAUAUAUUAUUUUCUAUUCUUAUUACUACUACUACUACUACUACUACUAUUAUUAUUAUUAUUAUUAUUAUUAUUAUUAUUAUUAUUAUUAUUAUUACUACUACUACUACUACAGGUUGAGACCCCCAUAUCCAAAAUUCCAAAUUACGGAAUAUUCUGAAAUAAAGAUUUUUUUUUCCCAGCAUGACUGAGAUAGUGGCACCGUUGCUUUCUGAUAGUGCAAUGUACACAAACUUUGCUUCAUGCACAAAAUUAUUAAAAAUAUUGUAUAAAAUAACCUUCAAGCAAUGUGUAUAAGAUAUAUAGGUAACAUAAAUGUGUUUUGUGUUUAGACUUGGCUCCCAUCCCCAAGAUACCUUAUUAUGGUAUGAAAUAUUCCAAACUAUAUUCAAAUGCUUCUGCUGCCCAGCAUUUUGGAUAUGGGAUACUCAACCUGUAUAUAAUGUAUAUGUAAUUGUCAAAUAUUCUAACACUUUGUUGCAGCACUAACAUAUGUCUGUUGUUGCCUUUAUAAAAUGUUCGUUUGUCCCAAUAAUUACAACAUAAAUAUAUUCUUUUUCCUGAAUAACAUGCUGAGGGCUGAUACAUUUGUGUGAAAGCCAGAGUUUUGUAACAUCAAAUCUUAUUAGAUUCAAAUUACAUAUUGUUCACCCCUAUUUUUGUCUUUAUUGAU